AACAACUGAGUAAGCCUAUUGAGCAAUAGUUUGGAAAUCAAAAUAUGACUAGAAAUAUUGAAUUUAAGUUAUAAGUAACGUCAAUCAUUUAGCUCGUAAAGUUGUUUACCACGGAUUUAUCAAAGGCCCAGUGCACACGUGCAAGCGUCCCAAGUAAAGUGGACGAUGAUUUCAUCAUAAUUCCGAUCAUCUAUCUGAUGCUAUGCUUACACACACAUACACACACAUUCUAUUGUAAAUGUAUUGUCGCAAGAAGUACGCAGGUAGGUGUGGAUGCAAGAUGAGUAUACUUCUAAGCAUCAUAGUUAGACUGAGAAAAGAUGACAAAGAGAAAGGGACAGAUAGGUAUAACGUAGUCCCAUCUGUUUAUCCCUGUCCGUUCACGGUCAUCGUGCAUACACGUACAUAGAUACCAGAGAAAGGUCGAAUUAUUGGGCGUAGUCGAGUAUUUUUGUAAACAAAAAUAAUGAGAAAAAUAAAUAAUAAUAUAAACUAUUGUUUUGAUCGAUUAAAUCGCAAUUUAUAUGUAUCGAUUGUUACACCUCUACCCUUAAAGUCGUCAUCGUCCUCGAUGACUUUGAUUUAUGCAAGUUGCAUAAAUAAAAGCAAUUAGAACUGAUUAAUAUGAAUUGCGUUUUAAUCUUAACCUUUGUGUACUGUAUUUUUAAAAUAAUUUCGAGUUAUUCUUGCGGGUGAUUGUCGUGGGUGGUUCUUCAUUUUGGUCCCCUUUUGUCUAUUGGCGUUAGUUAUUGCGUUCUUGAAUCUUCUUGUGACCUUCCUUCCCUUUAUCUAGUUGAUUGGCGGGUGUCUUGCUUCAUAUCUUUAAAUAAAAACUUAUAGUUUGUAAUAUCACGUUAUUUCGGCUGUUUGAUCUUGGUUGUUGUUACGGAAUCGAUAAGUUUCUAAAAUUUUAUAGGUUUUUGGAGGUUUCGUUGCGAUGUACUCGUAUCGGGUUAUGGGGGUCAUCCUUUUUCUUCUUUUGUGGAAAUCUGUGGAUUUCUUGGGUUUUGAUUGGCUUGUGAUCCCACUUUUCUUGAUCUUCUGGUCUUGGAGAGUUUUCUUUAUAAACGGAAAGAAUCUUUCAAUCGUCACUCAAAGUUUUACUUCGAACAGUGUUUAAAGUAAAUAAUAAAAAAACAAAAUGUUCCGUGUCAAGAUUGAAGAUGUCGAGUGUCAAGAUGAUACUGAUAUUCGUCAGGAUGUAGAAGAGGCCUCUGGAGAACUUGAGGUGAAAGAAGAGCUUCUGGAGCAGUCACCAUCUACACGGGUUCAGGAUGAACAGGCUCGGCAUCCAGGGGUCCCUACUUCUCCUGAAUUGUUGGAGUGGGCAAAUAGUUCUCCUCCGAGAGCUCUCGAUUGUUUGGAGAUCACGGACUAUGGGCAUCAUUCGGGAUCCACUGUUAUAGUGCACCACACUCUUCUUGAGUCUACCUCCGAGAGCGAGGGGGAGGAUGACAUUCCGGUGGAGACUCCAGUCCCGGAGGUUUUCGAGGCCUCUCCUCAACAGGAAGUGGUGGUUCCUGUAGUGCUGCCGUUGUCAGGGGUAACCAUCUACCCCAGUAACAGAGGAUUACUUCAAAUAUCAUUUAGAGUUACCUUUUUGGAGGGAUAUGGGUUCCUGAUCCCGUUUUCGGAUCCGUUGAUUACGGUUCUCUCCCCAAUGACCACUGACGAGGGCAGAUGGGUCACGGAGCACACCCCAUGGAGGUUUAUGGAUCAGUUCCGGCAUGAUACGGUGUUGUCUCUGAUGAUAAAUUUAUGCCCUGCGCAUUACCAAGAGCGGAUGAGUACCGCCUCGGUCAGAGUCGGCCUGUUGCUGGACGAACUUCGGGACGUGGCUUGUUUCCUGAGUCCUCCCUGUGUCUACUGCGGUCAAGGUCUUCUAUGAUUGGAUGGGCUUGACUUAGAAAUAUAUAUAUUUUAUUUGUAUGGUUUAAGUUAUGUUAUGAUGUAAUUCAUGU